AUGGACAAGAUCCUGGAGGGCCUGGUGAGUUCUUCGCACCCGCUGCCCCUCAAGCGGGUGAUUAUCCGGAAGGUGGUGGAGUCGGCGGAGCACGGGCUGGACGAGGCGCAGUGCGAAGCCAUGUUUGACCUGACCACCCGGCUCAUCCUGGAGGGCCAGGACCCUUUCCAGCGGCAGGUGGGCCACCAGGUGCUGGAGGCUUACGCGCGCUACCACCGGCCCGAGUUCGAGGCCUUUUUCAACAAGACCUUUGUGUUAGGUCUCCUGCAGCAGGGUUACCACUCGCUGGACAGGCAGGAUGUGGCUAUCCUGGACUACAUCCACAACGGGCUGAAGCUGAUCAUUAGCUGCCCGUCGGUGCUGGAUCUCUUCAGCCUGCUGCAAGUCGAGGUGCUGCGGAUGGUGUGUGAGAGGCCGGCGCCGCAGCUCUGCGCCCGCCUGAGUGACCUCCUGAGUGACUUCGUGCAGUGCAUCCCCAAGGGGAAGUUGUCCAUCACCUUCUGCCAGCAGCUGGUGCGGACCAUCGGCCACUUCCAAUGUGCGUCCACCCAGGAGAAGGAGCUGCGGGAAUACGUCUCCCAGGUGAUGAAAGUCAGUAACUUGCUGCAGAACAUCUGGAAGACCGAGCCCGCCACGCUGCUACCUUCCCUGCAGGAAGUUUUUGCGAGCAUCUCGUCCACAGAUGCGUCAUUCGAACCUUCUGUAGCACUGGCAAGCCUUGUGCAGCACAUUCCUCUCCAGAUGACUGCCGUGCUCAUCAAGAGCCUUACUACGGAUCCAAAUGUCAAAGAUGCAAGUAUGACCCAAGCUCUCUGCAGAAUGAUUGACUGGUUGUCUUGGCCUUUAGCUCAGCAUGUAGAUACAUGGGUGAUUGCACUGCUGAAAGGACUGGCAGCUGUGCAGAAGUUUACUAUUUUGAUAGAUGUUACUUUGCUGAAAAUAGAACUGGUGUUCAAUCGACUCUGGUUCCCUGUUGUGAGACCUGGUGCUCUUGUAGUUCUUUCCCACAUGCUGCUCAGUUUCCAGCAUUCCCCGGAGGCUUUCCAUAUGAUUGUUCCUCAUGUAGUUCAUUUGGUUCACUCUUUCAAAAGUGAAAGUCUGCUUUCCAGUACAGCCUUCUUAGUGCAGUUAACAGAGUUGAUACACUGUAUGAUGUAUCAUUAUUCUGGAUUCCCAGAUCUAUAUGAACCUGUUCUGGAGGCAAUCAAGGAUUUUCCUAAGCCCAGUGAAGAGAAGAUUAAGUUGAUUCUCAGUCAAAGUGCCUGGACUUCUCAAUCCAAUUCUUUGGCAUCUUGUUUGUCUAGACUUUCUGGAAAAUCUGAAACUGGGAAAACUGGUCUGAUUAACCUAGGAAAUACAUGUUACAUGAACAGUGUUAUACAAGCAUUGUUUAUGGCCACAGAGUUCAGGAGGCAAGUGUUAUCUUUGAAUCUAAAUGGGUGCAAUUCAUUAAUGAAAAAACUACAGCAUCUUUUUGCCUUUCUGGCUCAUACACAGAGGGAAGCGUAUGCACCUCGGAUAUUCUUUGAGGCUUCCAGACCUCCAUGGUUUACUGCUCGAUCACAGCAAGACUGUUCGGAAUACCUCAGGUUCCUACUAGACAGGCUCCAUGAAGAAGAGAAGAUCUUGAAAGUCCAGUCCUCACAGAAGCUUUCUGAAAGUCUGGGGUAUAGUGAAACUUGCUUACAAGAAGUAGCUAGUAAGGCAGCUCUACUGACAGAGACCUCUUGUACGAGUGAUGGUGAAAAGACUCUAAUAGAAAAGAUGUUUGGAGGAAAACUGCGAACUCACAUAUGUUGCUUGAAUUGCAAGAGUACCUCACACAAAGUGGAAGCCUUCACAGAUCUUUCACUUGCCUUUUGUCCUUCCUCUUCUAUGGAAAACCUGCCUUUUCAAUACCCAACAUCACCACCUAGAGCACAAGACGAUGGCCUAAUGCAAACCAGUGUGUCUGAUCCGUCAGAAGAAUCAUUAGUCUAUAAUCCAGCCAUAGCAGCCAUUGUCUGUGACCCAGUUGUGAAUGAAGGAGUUAUGGGCAGUCUUCCUGAUGAGCUUCCCUGUACUGAAAACGCUUCUAUCCCUAAUGAGCCCAUCAAGAUUUUUGUUAAUAAAGGGGAAUCUCCAAGGCCAGGGGGAACCACACCUUCAGUGACUGACUUACUAAAUUAUUUUUUAGCUCCAGAGGUUCUUACUGGUGACAACCAGUAUUAUUGUGAAAACUGUGCCUCUCUACAGAAUGCUGAGAAAGCUAUGCAAAUCACCGAGGAGCCCGAGUAUCUUAUUCUUACUCUCCUGAGGUUUUCAUAUGAUCAGAAGUAUCAUGUGAGAAGAAAAAUUCUAGACAAUGUCUCACUACCGCUGCUUUUGGAGUUGCCAGUUAAAAGAACUGCUUCUCUUUCUGCAUUGUCAGAAAGUUGGUCUAUAGAUGUUGACUUCACUGAUGUUAGUGAGAACCUAGCUAAAAAGUUAAAGCCUUCUGGGACUGAAGAAGCUUGCUUUCCAAAGUCAGUGUCCUAUGUACUAAAUUCUGUGGUGGUUCAUUCUGGGAUCUCCUCUGAAAGUGGGCAUUAUUAUUCUUAUGCAAGAAACAUCACAGGUACGGAGUCUUCAUACCAAAUGCACCACCACCACCCCGAAACGCUGGCGUUGGCAUCCUCCCAGGGGCAUUUAUUGGGGAAAGAUGUUCCCACUACACUUAUUGAACAAGAUCUGAAAAAUAAGGAAAUGUCAAAAGAAUGGUUUUUAUUUAAUGAUAGCAGAGUGACAUUUACCUCAUUUCAGUCUGUCCAGAAAAUUACAAGUAGGUUCCCAAAGGACACAGCUUAUGUGCUUUUGUAUAAAAAACAGGACAGCUCUAAUGGGUUAAGUGGUAGUAAUACAUCCAGUGGACUCUGGGUAAAUGGAGACCCGCCUCUACAGAAAGAACUUAUGGAUGCUAUCACAAAAGAUAAUAAACUAUAUCUACAGGAGCAAGAAUUGAAUGCUCGAGCCCGGGCUCUACAAGCUGCAUCUGCCUCCUGUUCAUUUCGGCCCAAUGGAUUUGAUGACAAUGACCCUCCCGGAAGCUGUGGACCAACUGGUGGAGGGGGUGGAGGUGGAUUUAAUACGGUUGGCAGACUCGUAUUCUGAUCCUGAGAGAAUUGAAAAUGCACCGAUCACAAAACAACCAAUACUACGACUGUUAAAAUGUCAGACUGUAACAAAUUUUUUAUUUUUCUUUCCAUUAGACCCUUAUACUUUAAGAAAACACACUCAGUGUUGUUUCUGUUUUCUUCACAAUACAUUUAUUAACAAAAUGCAUCAUGGGAAAAACAAAAAAAUCUACCUCUUAAAAUUCCAUUUGCUUUUAUGGUUAGAUAUGCUUGACCAAAAAUUUUCAUAGGAAAAUAUGUACCUGAUCCCUAAUUACGCUGCAUUAAAUUUGGUAUAGGCAUUUAAAUGAUCCUAUCUUCAGUUUUACUGAAUGAAAAAAUAUAAUUCAUGUAGCAUCCUUUAUAAAAGAAUCCAUGUUAGAGGGGAAGGAAAUGUCCUCUUUUAAAAAGAAUGGAAACCCGUUAUUUCCCGUGUAGUCUACCCCAUUAUUAAAUUCGAGUCCUUGAAAAUAGUAGAGGUGACAGAGUUUCCAAUGCAGGCAAUGACAUAACACUUAUCAAGCUAUCUCGUAUUUUUCAGGUUUUUGUUUAGCGAUGUCUUCAGUAUCACUGUAUCUGCAUCUGAAGUACAACUGUCAAAGAAAAAAGAUUAUUUAUACUUAUGUGCUGAAUUGAUUUUAAGAAAGGUGCAUGGUCAUGUAGAAGCAACAUUUUUACCUGAAAAUUGCUAACUUUGUAGUAUUUCUAAUUGUUUCAGAAUUUUAAAAUUCUAUUUCAGGGAGUAUCUUUUGUGUGUUUUGAAGGAGGUGAGUUCUGUAUGUGCCUUGCAGUACUGUAAUUCAAAAAUAGGAAUCUUUGGCUGCAGAAAUUUUUAAAAAACAAAAUGCUAGGAUGUAAUUUUGUGUGUGUUAACAUUAAAAUGAUAACUUUCCAGAAGUACAAUCUGGUGGUUCUAAAUCACUAAGUAUGACAGUUCAUUUUUAACUCUUAGGAGAAUUUGGAAUAAAUGAAUCCAGUCAUAUGAAAACAUCUUUUUUUGAUUUUGUUAAAUAAUCCUCAGAAUAUUAAACAUUGAUCACCUAUUUUA